GAGAGAGAGAGAGAGAGGGAAAAAUGGGAGACCAGAAGACAAAUGGAAUGUUGUCCCUCUUGUUCACCAAGAUAAAGCCUUACCUGGCUAUGGUGUCCUUGCAAUUUGGGUAUGCUGGAAUGUACAUCAUCACCAUGGUCUCUUUGAAGCGUGGUAUGAGCCAUUGGAUAUUCGUGGUGUACCGUCACGUGGUUGCCACCCUUGUUAUUACUCCAUUCGCACUUGUUUACGAAAGGAAAAUAAGGCCAAAGUUGACGCUCUCGGUGUUUCUAAAGAUAAUGGCACUCGCUUUACUAGAGCCAGUGUUAGAUCAGAACUUGUACGUCCUGGGAAUGAAGUACACCUCUGCAACAUAUGCAUCGGCAACUGUCAAUGUCCUCCCUGCCCUUACCUUCAUUAUGGCCAUCAUUUUCAGGUUGGAGAAAGUUAACUUCAAGCAGAAGCCCAGUCUGGCAAAGGUGAUUGGAACAGCAAUCACAUUGACUGGAGCCAUGUUGAUGACACUGUACAAAGGCCCCAUUGUUGACAUCUUGUGGUAUUCCAAGGCCAGCAGCCACCAGAAUACCAGCAUUUCUUCUGCUGAUCAGCAUUGGGUCACUGGCACAAUUAUGCUCCUUUCUUGCACUUGUGGUUGGUCUGGUUUCUUCAUAUUGCAAUCCAUUACAUUGAAGCAAUAUCCAGCAGAGCUGUCACUGACCGCGCUGAUAUGCUUCAUGGGGAUGGUGGAAGGUGCGAUAGCGGCUCUUGUAAUGGAACGCGACAUGAGUGCUUGGGCCAUUGGUUUCGACUCCAGGCUUCUUGCUGCAGUUUAUUCUGGGGUGGUUUGCUCUGGAAUAGCAUACUACGUGCAAGGUGUUGUGAACAAGGUCCGAGGUCCCGUGUUCGUGACUGCAUUUAGCCCUCUUUGCAUGAUCAUCACCGCCGUUCUUGGCGCCAUCCUCUUGGCUGAAAAAAUCCACCUUGGAAGCUUGCUUGGAGCCAUCAUCAUAGUAUUGGGCCUAUACUUCGUAGUGUGGGGGAAAAGCAAAGACCAAGAGGCAUUAACAUGCUGUGAGAAAGACACACCCUACGAAUUGCCAAUAGUUGAUUGUAAUGAUAAAUCUGCAAUCUUUGUUGAUGAUCAUAUCCCUGAAUCUGAUCAUGUACCUGCUGCCAACAAGUUGAAGGUUCCAGGGAAAAUUGUUGUGUCAUCCCAGGAGCCAUGACUCAGAGAAAUGCACAAUCUCCCUCUCCUCUUUUAAUCCCUUGAUUUUCAUUGUAUCCAUACAUGUAUUAUGUUGUCCUUUACCUUCACAUGUACUUCUAUAUUCUGCUUUUGAUUAAGCCAAUCAAUAUUACUUGUGUCAAA